CUCUCUCGCCUUUUUAUAUAACCUCCCUUCAAAGCCGUAUUUGGCGAGGUAAGUCGCGGAGCUGCCCGAAAUCCACCUCCCAAGAAGGCUUCUUCGUCUGGUGGUUUUCCGAGGUGGUUUUCUGCUUUCUUUCCCAAUUUGUUUCCCACCUUUCCUGGUUCUGUUUGAACUCCAUUGCCGAAGCGGAGAGGGAACAUGGAGGUGAAUGUCGGACUUCUUAAAGUGAUCAUCGUGCACGGGAGGAAUCUGGCUAUUCGGGAUUUUAUGAGCAGCGAUCCUUAUGUUGUGGUCAGGGUAGGAAAUCAGACUGCAAAGACAAAAGUCAUCAACAGUUGCCUAAAUCCUGUUUGGAAUGAAGAGCUAACAUUCUCCAUUAAAGAACCUCUUGGUGUCUUAAAACUGGAGGUGUUCGACAGAGACCGGUUCAAAUCGGAUGACAGGAUGGGUCAUGCCUUCCUUGACCUUCAACCGCUAGUCUCGGCUUCAAAGUUGAAGCGAGCGCUGAAGCUAACCACGGGUGAGACCACACUGAGGAAAGUGGCACCUAACAGCGACAAUUGCCUAUUGGCUGACAGCUUCGUGAUGCAUGUGAACGGUGAGAUUGUGCUUGAUGUCCAUUUGAAGCUUCGUGAUGUUGAAUCUGGUGAAUUAUACAUGACAGUCAAGUGGAUUGAUCACCCAACUACCACUUCUCUUGGAAAGGCUAGAUAAAUUUAAGAUAUUUAAUCUUUAAGUUGGCUUGGCAUUAAAAAGGCAGGCUUCUGUUGAAGUUAUGAUGCAGUUAGAUUAUUCAUAUCAGGUUUCUUUUCCAAGUGGUGUGACUUUUGCUAAGCCCUUCCCUUUGAGGAGUUUCAGCAAAGACUGAUGAUUGGAUUCAGACUAACACAUGGCAUCUCACUGCGCUGCCAAGGAUAAUAUAACUGCUGUUCGAGAGGUUGUCGCAGAAGAUUUGUUUGAAGCGAUGUAAAUAUCGUCAUGGUUUAGUAACAUAUACUCCAGCUAUCGGUUUGCUUUCCAGUCGAGACUGCAGUUCUGUACAUGUCUGUAGGAUAUAAAGAAGGCUUUGAGAGCCUAUCAACCAAGCCACCUAUGUAAUGGAUGAUCAAUCACAAUCGUCCCGUAUUAUGUGUUACUGGAAUUUAUAAGAUUCUCACAUUUUUCUCGACUAUCAAAAA